AUGAUAGAAAUAUAAGGGAACUUUAUUGGAGAGCUUGCUAUUAUACUCAAAACAUUGAAAAUUGUUAUCAUUUGUUGUAGAAUUACUAAGGCCCAGGGGAUGAAUCAUGUAUAUUAUGACAUAUUGGACUCUUAUGUGAAUAGUGUGAUUAAUACGAUUAUAGAGGAAAUGGGUCAUAUUCUGUAAGUUCAGCAUAUUCAUGCAGAAGUCGCGAUAUAAUAGCUUAUAAUGUUAUAACAAUAAUUUGUUUGAGCCAUUGGACCAUUAUUUCAACAUUGAUGUCAGUGAUUAGCACAGCAGAAAUGAUUGAAGAAUUUUUAAAAGGUUUGAGUUUGAAAGCUUUUGGAAUUGGAGGAACAAUAAAAUAAACUUAAACAGCAAUUCUUAUUACAGUAUUUAAAAAUUAUCUUCAAAUUAUUUCAACUAUUUUUACCUUUUAAUUGCAGGUUCCAAUUGGAAUAGCAUCAUUAGUAAAUACUGUUGGUAACACUAUUGAAUCACUAGCUUAUUCAUUAGAUUGCUUUUUAGUUUCGAUCAAAGAUAUAUUGAUAAUAUACUUUAGAAUAAUUUGGAGCUUAAUUAUGACUUCUACUUAUAAAACAGUUAUUUUUUGUUUAUUUGGAAUUGGAAUAGUUAUAAAGCUUAUUAAAUGCAAUUUUUCAUUUAUUUCUCCAAUCUUGAGAAAUCGUUUCGCCGUAUUUUGA